AUGGGUUUAGGGAAACAGUCCAUACGCAUCAAUGGAGCCGACUGCGGUAUCGAAUCGCUCGUGCUUGGUGUGGUGACCAGCAUCGGCGGUUUCCUUUUCGGCUAUGACACUGGUCAAAUUUCAAGUAUGCUCCUCUUUACCGACUUCAGAAGACGAUUCGCAACUGGCCCUGAAGAGAAUGGAGUUCCAACAUGGGUUUCAAUUAUCCAGUCUCUCAUGGUGUCGUUGAUGAGCAUCGGCACACUUAUUGGAGCUCUUUCUGGAGCCUAUACGGCUGACUGGUGGGGCCGCCGAAGGAGUUUGAGCUUUGGUGUCUGUAUUUUCAUCAUUGGAAACAUCAUCCAGAUCACUGCUAUGAACACUUGGGUCCAUAUGAUGAUGGGUCGAUUUGUGGCUGGUUUGGGCGUGGGUAACCUCUCUGUCGGUGUGCCCAUGUUCCAGUCGGAGUGCUCGCCAAAGGAAAUUCGAGGUGCUGUCGUCGCUUCAUACCAGCUGAUGAUUACCUUUGGUAUUCUCAUUUCCAACCUCAUCAACUUUGGUGUACGCAACAUCCAGGAGUCGGACGCUUCAUGGCGCAUCGUCAUCGGUCUCGGAAUCGCCUUUUCCUUGCCCUUGGGAAUUGGCAUUCUUGUGGUACCCGAGUCUCCUCGCUGGCUAGCCGGUCGACAUGACUGGGAGGGUGCGCGACUUGCCAUGGCGCGUCUCCGCGGCAUGAAGCAUGACCCUCAUAACGAACUAGUUGAAACAGAUUUGCAGGAAAUGUUCAAGGUCCUCGAGGAAGAAUCCAAGACUGGAACGGGAACCUGGGUCGAAUGUUUCACUGGUUCUUCUGGCAUUCCUAAGACAGUUUAUCGCACGCUCCUCGGCGUUGGCAUUCACUUCCUGCAGCAGUGGACGGGAGUCAACUACUUUUUCUACUACGGUGCCACAAUCUUUGAGUCGGCCGGUGUUGAUGACCCGAUCAUGACUCAACUCAUUCUUGGAGCUGUCAAUGUUGCGCUCACCUUUUACGGACUUUACGUCGUCGAGAAGUACGGCCGGCGCUGGCCUUUGUUCAUCGGUGCUCUGUGGCAAGCUGCUUGGCUUACUGUCUUUGCUGCCGUCGGCACAGCCGUUCCCCCUGACACCAGCCGCACUACCGGUAUUGUCAUGAUUGUAUCAGCAUGCAUGUUCAUCGCUUCUUUUGCAGGUACUUGGGGACCUAUGGCUUGGUGUGUUAUUGGAGAACUGUUCCCAUUGCGGACGAGAGCAAAGCAAGCUUCUCUCGCGACGGCUGGCAAUUGGCUCGGCAACUUCCUCAUCUCUUUCCUCACGCCUCUUGCCGAUGAAGGCAUCUCUUACGCAUAUGGAUUCGUCUUCGCCGGUUGCAACUUGGCAGGAGCUCUUCUCGUCUGGUUCUUCCUCUACGAAUCCAAGGGACUGUCUCUUGAAAAUGUGGACAGAAUGUACAGCGAUCCGCAUGUCAAGCCUUGGACUUCUAACAGCUGGGUGCCCCCUGGUUACAUCACUCGCAAGCAGAAGGACGAAACUGCCUUCCACCGUGGAUCUACCACCACAGAGCACACUGCUGUUGGAGAAACCCAGCCGAAGGAGAAGGGCGGCGAGGAAAGGCCGUAUUCCGAGCACCACUACCAAAAGACUGAGUCGACUUCCAGUGCAGUUUGA